AUGAGUGGCAUCCAGCGCUUCCUCACUAAGCGUGGGGAGAAGCAUCGACGGCAAGUCAAACAGGGAAAAGAGUCACAUAACCCAGGUGUACGAAGCUACCUGCGGGGCCUUGUCAUUAAAAGUGAAGCUGUUCCAAGCAGUGACACCAGCGAAGGCCAAAAGGUCAAGAAAUUAGAGCAACGACUCGCCUCGAUCGGAAUUCUCGACCUCAAUAGCGCACAAAUCCAUGGCGCACUCACGUCCCCGUACGCGCAGGGGGAUACGGAAAAGGCAUUUGAUCUCCUCAUGAUAAUCGAAGACUCGAUCGAGGGUAUUCUACAGGACUAUAACCCCGAUGUGAAAUUGGUGGGCGCGGUGAAUCGCCAGGGAGUCACAUGUUACCUGGAUGCUCUAUUGUUCGCAAUGUUCGCUCGGCUGGACUUUUUCGAGGCCAUCCUGUAUCGACCUUUCACCGACAACAACGAUCCACGGAGGAAAUUGGUCAUUCUGCUCCGCUUGUGGGUGAAUAUGCUGAGGUCUGGAAGACUUAUUACAACCGAUAUUACCGAACACUUGCAAGAAGCCCUCUCCGAAUGUGGAUGGCCAGAAGCUGCCAAACUCUGUCAGCAGGAUGCAUCAGAGGCAUUCACCUUUGUUACAGAAAAGUUAGAGUUACCUCUCCUAACUCUCAAAAUGGACAUCUACCAUACGGGCAAAGAAGAUGUCGCGGACGACCACAAGUUCAUCAAUGAGAGAUUGCUAGAAGUCGCAAUUCCACCAGAGCACGAAGAUGGCACUGCAAUCACUUUGGAAGAAUGCUUAGAAACCUACUUCAACAAUAAGAUUGAAGUCAAAAGGUACCUCGAGAGACGCGGGACGAUCAACUCAGUAAGAUCUUUUGACUCGACAACGAAAGCAGGCACUGUGCAUGUCGAAACUGUUGAGGUGGGCUCUUCAGCUCCAUCUCCUAUCCGGACUUCAUCUCCAAAGCUUGAAUAUCCGAUGCCAGAAAAGUUCUCGGUAUCGUCUAUGUUAACUCGACGUUCCAGCAUCGUUCAAGAACGGUUUGUCCCCGAUAAGGACUCUCAUGAUGACCUCAUCCACCCAGGUCGAAAGAGAAAAGGAAGCUACCGCAAAGAAGUCAUGAUGCCGGCAUGGCAGUUCUUCAGCUUGAUUCCAUGGUACACGGACAACACACCCAUGAACGACGCCCAAGUUGCAGCUCAUUUUUCUUCGAAGCGGCCCAUUCUGGGCAUGUGCUUGAAACGUUAUAGCAUCCUACCCAACGGCAACGCUAUCAGAUUAAAUACGUUCGUUGAUAUCCCAACAGAGAUCGGAUUGCCACAUUUCAUCCAAGACGAUAGACUAGACGAGGACGGACCAUUGUAUGGCAAUUUCAAGCUGUCGCUGCAAUCCGUUGUCUGCCAUAGAGGCAACUCCGUUGAUUCAGGCCAUUACAUCUCACUUGUACGAGGUACUAAAUUCGAUUUGCCUUCGACCUCCCAUAGCGCCGAGACGAAUAUAGGCGCGGAGAAUAGUGAUCUGUGGAUGCGUUUUGAUGACUUAGCCGCCGAUCGAGUCACACGGGUCAACAUUGAACAGGCGCUAAAAGAAGAAUCGCCGUACCUUUUGUUUUACCAGAUAGUGCCGAUUGAUGAAGGCCUCACAGAAGAAUAUCUUAGUGAUAAGCGGACAUCUUUCAUCAGUGGAUCCGAAGACCUGCAUGAUGAACCAGUGAAGGAGAUUCACUUGUCGGCAGUCAGUCUAGAAUCAACCGGUCGAGACACAUCCUCAGUUAGGCUCAGCUUCGAUCUUUCAAGUUUGCGUCCUACCCUAGACAAUACCGAGACCGACGCGUCUUCCACUGUUCCGGAUAGAACGAUGACAGAUAUCAAGGACAACGCACAGAAUAACACCAGCCUCCGCGAUGCAUUUGCCGCUCGUCGGUCCUUGUCCAUACCUCGCCGAGGAAAGGAAUCGCAAAGUCGUUCCCGCAGCCGAGGCGGAGAUCAAUCGGGAGAGAAGCGUCUCAGUACUGCCUUUUCAAGAUUCACCUCACGAAUGAGCAAGGAAAAGAGCAUAGAAAAUCCUUCCGCGAACGCUGAUGAACACGAAGGUCAAGCGGAUGCCGAAGAUGGUACAGUACCAUCCAUCGCUUACGAUGAGAACGAGGUCAAGGAACCAGAGCGAGGCCGAGAUAUGACCACCAAACAGAAUAACGGCAAACAGCGUCGCAAGCAAUCAACGAACAAGAAGGAGAGACCCGACCGAGAAUGCCUUGUGAUGUAA